AUGUCCGACAACCAGGAAAAUCAAUCCGCUAUGACAAGCAGUACCAGACACAGGAGAAGGGACUCAACCAACCUGGAAUGCGGCUACUCAAAGUACAUCCGUGUACACCUCACCAAUGGUUCGGGCGAAGGUCUCCAAGAAGCUCGAGACAAUGAAUGCGACGACUGGAAAGACUUUUGGAGCAAACUAAUCAGCGACGAAGAAUGGCGCCUUCGCACAAGCAACAUGUUAUGUGUUCUCCCUAUCUCUUUCCACACAAGACGGGAACACCCCGUACUCAUGCUCACGCCAGACUUUGAGACACCACCAAACACCAGUGACAAGGCAGAGCAGAGUACCAAGAAAGCCAAAGAGAUACUGAGAAAUCUGGGAUUUGUCGAAUACUCUGGAUGUCGCCUUCAUGGCAACCCUGAUUGUCGCCGUCAUGGCCUUUGCAUGAAGUGGGGCUACCCGGACCGUGGGUGGGUGGAGAGAACCAUGCCGAGGUUUAUGUUGGUAAAGGAUGGCAAGGUGGAAUACCCCCCCGGGAAAUUAUCGUGUGCGGAUGUUGAGUGGAUUGAUUAUAUUCACUGGGAACGGUUUGAUAUCCCCGUACGGAAGGCAAAGAGAAACUGGCAAACUCUGGAGGCAGUCGAUGGUCAAUGGGAGGAACCAGUGGGAAAGAGGGCAAAGUUGGAAGAUGCCUGACGCCAGGUGCGGGUAUUGACAUGGCCGUCAAUGUGCAUUCCAUACCGCUAUACUCAAGUCAGGUUUUAGA